AUGAAGGCCAAUUGGCUUGCCGCGGCCGUUUUUUUGGCUGCUGGCACUGAUGCUACAGUCCCUGACACUUUGGCAGGAGUCAAUCUCGUUGCGCGAGACACACUCGCUCAUUCUCCUCCUCACUAUCCCUCACCAUGGAUGGACCCUAACGCUGUCGGCUGGGAGGACGCCUACGCCAAGGCCAAGAACUUUGUCUCCCAGAUGACCCUCUUGGAAAAGGUCAACUUGACUACCGGUGUUGGAUGGCAGGGCGAACGUUGUGUUGGAAACGUUGGAUCUAUCCCUCGUCUCGGCAUGCGAGGCCUCUGUCUCCAGGAUGGUCCUCUCGGAAUUCGCUUCUCCGACUACAACAGCGCUUUCCCCACUGGUGUCACCGCUGGUGCUUCUUGGAGUAAGGCCCUUUGGUACGAGCGAGGACGAUUGAUGGGUACCGAAUUUAAGGAGAAGGGUAUCGACAUUGCUCUAGGCCCUGCAACCGGUCCUCUCGGUCGCCACGCUGCUGGUGGACGAAACUGGGAAGGCUUCACUGUCGACCCCUAUGCCGCUGGCCAUGCUAUGGCUGAGACUGUCAAGGGUAUCCAAGACUCUGGAGUCAUUGCUUGUGCUAAGCAUUACAUUGCCAACGAGCAGGAACACUUCCGUCAACGAGGCGAUGUCAUGUCUCGCAAGUUCAACAUUUCCGAGUCUUUGUCUUCCAACCUCGACGACAAGACCAUGCACGAACUCUACAACUGGCCUUUCGCCGACGCCGUCCGCGCUGGCGUUGGCUCCAUCAUGUGCUCCUACAACCAGGUCAACAACUCGUACGCUUGCCAGAACUCCAAGCUCCUCAACGGAAUCCUCAAGGACGAGAUGGGCUUCCAGGGUUUCGUCAUGAGCGAUUGGCAGGCUCAACACACUGGUGCCGCCUCCGCUGUUGCUGGUCUUGACAUGACCAUGCCUGGUGACACCGAGUUCAACACUGGCUUCAGCUUCUGGGGUGGAAACCUGACCCUGGCUGUUAUCAACGGUACCGUCCCCUCCUGGAGAAUCGAUGACAUGGCUACCCGAAUCAUGGCUGCUUUCUUCAAGGUUGGCAGAUCUGUUGAGGAGGAGCCCGACAUCAACUUCUCAGCUUGGACUCGUGAUGAGUAUGGCUUCGUCCAGACCUACGCCCAAGAGAACCGAGAAAAGGUCAACUUUGCUGUUGAUGUCCAACACGACCACAAGCGCCACAUUCGCGAGUCUGCCGCAAAGGGAGCCGUCAUCCUCAAGAACUCUGGCUCACUUCCUCUCAAGAAGCCCAAGUUCCUCGCUGUCAUUGGAGAGGACGCCGGUCCCAACCCUGCUGGACCCAACGGUUGCGCCGACCGUGGAUGCAACAACGGCACUCUUGCCAUGUCAUGGGGUUCUGGAACCUCUCAGUUCCCCUACCUGGUCACCCCCGACCAAGGCAUCUCGCUCCAGGCUAUUCAGGACGGCACCCGAUACGAGAGCAUCCUCAACAACAACCAAUGGCCCCAGACACAAGCUCUCGUCAGCCAGCCCAACGUCACCGCUGUUGUCUUUGCCAAUGCCAAUGCUGGUGAGGGUUACAUCGAAGUCGACGGCAACUACGGCGACCGCAAGAACCUCACUCUGUGGAACCGAGGAGAUGAGCUCAUUAAGAACGUCUCCGCCAUCUGCCCCAACACCAUUGUCGUUCUUCACACCGUUGGCCCCGUCCUGCUGACCGAGUGGCACAACAACCCCAACAUCACCGCCAUUGUUUGGGCCGGUGUGCCUGGACAGGAGUCUGGUAACGCCAUCGCCGACAUCCUCUACGGCAAGACCAGCCCUGGACGAUCUGUCUUCACCUGGGGUCGCACUUAUGACAGCUAUGGUACCAAGGUUCUCUACAAGGCCAACAAUGGAGAGGGUGCUCCUCAAGAGGACUUUGUCGAGGGCAACUUCAUCGACUAUCGCCACUUUGACCGACAAUCCCCCAGCACCAACGGAAAGAGUGCCACCAAUGACUCUUCUGCUCCUCUCUACGAGUUCGGUUUCGGUCUGUCCUGGACCACCUUCAAGUACUCUGACCUCAAGGUCCAGUCUGUCAGCAACGCCUCUUACAACGCCCCUGCUGGAAACACCAUUCCUGCCCCUACCUACGGUAACUUUAGCAAGAACCUGGACGACUACACGUUCCCCGCAGGUGUCCGAUACCUCUAUAAGUUCAUCUACCCCUACCUCAACACCUCUUCCUCUGCUGAGAAGGCUUCCGGCGAUGUCGAGGGCAGAUUUGGUGAGACCGGCGACGAGUUCCUCCCUCCCAACGCUCUCAACGGUUCAUCGCAGCCUCGCCUUGCUUCAAGUGGUGCUCCUGGUGGCAACCCUCAGCUCUGGGACGUUCUUUACACUGUCACCGCCACCAUCACCAACACUGGCGACGCUACCUCGGAUGAGGUUCCCCAGCUGUACGUCAGCCUCGGUGGUGAGAACGAGCCUGUCCGUGUCCUUCGUGGCUUCGAGCGUCUUGAGAACAUUGCUCCUGGUGAGAGUGCCACAUUUACCGCUCAGCUUACUCGCCGUGACCUGAGCAACUGGGACGUCAAUGUCCAGAACUGGGUCAUCACCGAUCACGCCAAGAAGAUCUGGGUCGGUAGCAGCUCUCGCAAUCUGCCCCUCAGCGCAGACCUGUAG